AUGCCAAAUCGAAAGAAUUCAUCAGGAAAUAAGCAACCAGUCAAACGGUUACUUGAUGAUGUUGGUUCGAAGAAGGCAGUGAAAUGCCGGAUAGUUGUGAGACAACUGCCAAACGAGGACGAUGCUACACAAAGUCAGUUAACAUCAUCAGUGGAAGUUACAAGUGCUUCGUCUUCUACUUUGAACAAUCGUGAAGAUGGAGGUAAAAGGGAUGUCGCAACAUCACCAAAUCCGUACCUUCUGAAUGCACCAACCUCUUCUACGAGGGUAGAAAUGAGCUUGUCACAACAACAACGGAUUGCAUCGGACCGUGGACCAGUGAGUGCUAACAGUGAUUUUCUUUAUUCGCCGAUCAAUCGGCUAUACUUCGGUAUGAAUCCACCGAAUCCUCGUCUUUACAACGAGGGUGAGUUCACAAAUGAUAAAAAUAAUUCAGAGCAAUCAUACGACGCGUUUCGUCCUUGCUUAAGGGACUCUUCAGUUGGCAAAUUGAAUCUAAAUGAUUAG